AUGUCCUCCGUGACCGGCCUAAACACGAUGCACGGUCUCCCGGCAUCCUCAACCUCACAUCCACCCACCGAUACCGACACCGACGCCGUACCGCGCCACCAUCAACGGUCCAAGUCAUCGGUGCUGCGCUCGCUCAUGGGCGGCGGCCACAAGCGAAACAAUUCGGACGGCUCGGGCCUACCCUCCGCUCCUCUUGUCGCGCCGAUAGCCACAACACCAGCCUUCCACAUGUCACAACAGAGCCUCUCCCCAAGCAGGCACAGCGGCGUGUUCCACGUCGGCUUUGACGCGGCAGCCGCAGCGGCCAUGGAACCGCAACGAUACGCUCACGCCCUCGGCGAGCUGCAGCAGAACAGACAAGAGCGAUCUCCCGAGAGGCGAGGGCGCGACCGGGGCGGCCGGAGUGACCAACCGCCACCGGCGUCGCCAACAAAGACUGGGUUUUCUACCAUCUCGUUGAGGGCCUUUGGAAGGGAUAGAGACUCGAGCAAACCGCCCAAGACCAGGGACAACUCGCCAACGAAGCCCAAGAAGGCCAAGUCGGCGACCAGCCUGGCGGCGCUGAUUCGCCCCAAGUCCAUGAAGAACUUGAAACAGUUGCUAACGGACGAAGGCGACGCUCCGGCCAAAGAGAAGGACAAGGAGAACAGGUCGCCGCCCAAUUCGAUGGGGAGCGACCACUACACCAGCCUGGCUCCGCCUACCCCUAUAUUCGCGCAAUUUGCAUCACCGCACUUCGGGCCGCCCUCGCCACGCCUUGAAUCCCCUGUUGACAUGCCCAUCAAGAGCGGCUACCCUCCCGCGGCCCGUGCCGGUGCGCCAGCACCAUCCCUACAAAAGAAGCCACGUCCAAAAUCAUUCCAGACCUACAUUAGCCGCAAAGAAGACGACACGACCAAGGGGUCGACCGGGUCGGGCGGGAGUGACAGCCGCUCAAAGCGGCUGACGUGGGGGAAAGGCAGCACGUCGUCAGCAGCCGCGCCCCGGCCCAUGAUUGGAUCUAGGAGCAACUCGUCGGCGCCGGAAGCUGUUGCGCCAGCACCCGAAAUGCCCGCCAUCGACCCCAAAGACAUCGCCAAGCAUCUCGAGGCCAUGCUGGACCGCCGAAACAUCCCCGAAAACCAGCGGUACAAGAUGCGAAAUCUGAGCGAGACCAUCAAGAUGGAGUUUAUCCGGCAGGAUUGGGCAGAAAUGCAGGCCAAACUGGACCGCCCGCCCUCGCACGACGGCAAACCGCGAGCGGGGAGCGGGACUGGUCCGCCGGCCACAAGUCUCCCAGAGCAGCAGCCACAGCUGGACGAAAAUAACGGCGGAAGCCCCGCCAAGAAGGAAAAAAAGAAGCAUGGCAGGGGUCUGAGCCUAACCAUCGUCCGGGGAACCGGUAACAAAUCCAAUCCGGGCUCGCCCGCCAAGAAGAAGGGCGACAGUACCCUCGGCCGGCACUUUCGCACCAAGUCAACCGAGAGCCUCGUCAGCGAGCCGCCCUCGCCCUUCUCGUCCAGCUACGGCAGCAGCUUCCUGGGCAAGGUGAAGGGCCAGCAGCUUCCCGGCGACUUCGUGGCAUACCUGCAAAAGGUGCACCAGCCGGAGCUCGUCGAGAGUCGGCAAGCUGCACAAGCUGCGCCUCCUGCUCCGCAACGAGACCGUCGCCUGGACCGAGGACUUUAUUCGCCAGGGCGGCAUGAAGGAAAUCGUCGAGCUGCUACACCAGAGGAGCAUGAGGACGCGCUACUGCACGAGAACCUGCUGUGUCUCAAAGCGCUCUGUACCACCGACAUGGCCCUGCAGUACCUCCACUCUAUUCACGCCACCCUCUUCCCGGCCCUGCUGCACAUGAUUUUCGACCCGGAGAAGAAGGGCCCCAGCGAGUUCACCACCCGCAACAUCAUCACCUCACUGUUGCUGACCUACAUCGAGUGUGCCACACCCCAGGAGCGCGCCACCCGCGCCCAGACCGUGCUCGGCUUCCUCCGCGACCCGGAGCCCAAGGAGGAGGACCGGCCCGUGGACUUUGUGCUCGAGAUGCGCCGCGAGCGGCCCUACCGCGUCUGGUGCAAGGAGGUUGUCAACGUGACCAAGGAGGUGUUCUGGAUCUUCUUGCACAACCUCAACAUCGUCGCCCUGCCGUCCGCCGACAGGAAGACCUCCUCCUCCUCGACCACCUCUUCCUCGGCGCGCGACCAACCCCCGCUCGACCAGCUCGCCUACCAGGCCCGGCACUUCCCGCAGGAACGUCCCCCCGUGCCAGCGGCCCCUUACGUCGGCGGCGUGGAGUGGGACGCGACCAACUACCUGGCGUCGCACCUGGACCUGCUCAACGCAAUCCUGGCGUGCGCGGGGCCAACGCGGCACGAGCGCAACGAGCUGCGCGCCCAGCUGCGCAUCUCGGGCUGGGAGCGCUGCCUCGGCGGCAGCCUGCGCCUGUGCAAGGAGAAGUUCUACGGCGCCGUCCACGACGGCCUGCGCCGCUGGGUCGCCGCCGCGCACGACGACGCCUGGGACGUCCGCGACGUCCGCUACGGGCCCCCGCCCGAGUCCAGGGCCAAGCGCGCCCGCCCCGCCAGUCCCCCCAAGAAACUGGCCCCCCCGACAGCUACCCCUGUCGCGGCCGAGGCCCCGCCUAGGAUCGAGAUGCCCCGGCUGGACUUUGGUGGCUCGGGUGCCGCGCGGUCUAAUGAGCCAUGGCUGAGUUGA